GCGAAUAGAAACCAUCAGGAUCGAAACGUUUGACAACCAAUACUGCAAAGAAGCUAAUGAUAAGUCUAAACGUUGAUACUUUUAUUGCAUUAGAAAAACUUGAAAUAGAGGUCAAAUGAUAGCCAAUGGGCAAGUCGAUCUACUUAAAAAAUUUUCUAAAAUAAAAAGGCGUUUUGACUAGCUAUUACAAAAGAAUUGUAAAAUUCAUGCCCAAGUUUUAUUACGUGAAUUUUUAACUUGAACUUUCAAUGAAUAACGCUCGGAUGAUCCGAUCUGAUUGUUAUAACAGUCCGACCUAGUCCAUCUAGUCCAGUCCAGGCCCGUUCAAUUUUUUUCUUAAUUUUCAUAUCCACCGUAGGCAGACUGGUUUCGAGGCUUUGGACGAACAACGCUUCGGUUUUCCUGUAGUUGAGGAAAUUGAACAUUCUUUUCUGCCAAAGUAAAUUCAUAAACAAGAUGCCUCCAAAACGCUAUGAAUGCAAGGAAUGUGGCAAGUAUUUCAGCAAAUCACCACAUCUAAGAGAUCACUUACGAACACACACAGGAGAAAAGCCUUUCAAGUGCGAGCAUUGUAACAAGUGCUUUAACCAUUCAGGAAACCUUCGAAAACAUAAUAGAAUACACACUGAAGAGAAGCCUUUUAAGUGCAAGCACUGUGAGAAGAGCUUCCGCCAGGCAGCAAACAUGCGACAACACACUAGAAUCCACACAGGAGAGAAGCCUUUUAAGUGCCAGCAUUGUGACAAGUAUUUCAGGCACUCAGGGAGCCUUCAGAAACACAAUAGAUUACAUACAGGAGAAAAGCCUUUCAAAUGUAACCAUUGUGACAAGAGUUUUAGGCAAGCAACAGGCCUUAAAGUACAUAACAGAUAUCACACAGGUGAGAUGCCUUACAAGUGCAGUCAUUGUGACAAAGGUUACAGUACAGCAUCAAGCCUUCAAGGACAUGUCAGAUCACACACAGGCGAGAAGCCUUUUAAGUGCGAGUUUUGUGACAAGUGCUUUAGACAUGCAAUAACUCUGACCGAACAUAGACGAAAACACACUGGAGAGAAACCUUUUAAAUGUGAAUAUUGCUCUAGAUGUUUCACCAAAGCAAACAACCUUCAGCAACAUAUACGAAUACACACAGGUGAGAAACCUUUUCAGUGCAAGCAUUGUAACAAGUGUUUUGCCAGGAAGGGAAACCUUCAACAACAUAACAGAAUACAUACGGGAGAGAAACCUUUCAUNGAGAAGCCUUUUAAGUGCGAGUUUUGUGACAAGUGCUUUAGACAUGCAAUAACUCUGACCGAACAUAGACGAAAACACACUGGAGAGAAACCUUUUAAAUGUGAAUAUUGCUCUAGAUGUUUCACCAAAGCAAACAACCUUCAGCAACAUAUACGAAUACACACAGGUGAGAAACCUUUUCAGUGCAAGCAUUGUGACAAGCGUUUUGCCAGGAAGGGAAACCUUCAACAACAUAACAGAAUACAUACAGGAGAGAAACCUUUCAUGUGCCCACAGUGUGGCCGGUGUUUCCGUCAUGAAAAAUCUAUUCAAGUUCAUCUGAAAACACAUGUUGUUAGUGAGGUGUCUGUUAAUGAUAGUCAUUAUGGUAACCUUGUCACACCUGCUACCCCACAAGGCAGACCUGGAUCCAUGCAAGACAGACUUGCAUCCAUGCAAGACACGCCUGCAUUCCCACAAGAAAGCACUCAAGCCACACCAGCUUGUAUGAUUGAACUGUUGGAUUUGUCAGAUGCUAAUGGUAUUUGGUAGCAAAACCUUACUUUAGA